GGAGCGAGCCCCGGGCCUCGGCCGAGAAGAGCGGCGGCACAGAGAAAGGAAUCGUGCGAAUGCUCACAUUUUUUUCUCCCAAGGAGCUCGUCUGGCCGCCGGGGGGUCUGGAAGAGGCCAGAGGGAGAGCGCACGGCCGGGAAGAGACGGCGGGGGAAAAGGGAGACGGCGAGACGCACACGGCACAGGCGCCCGGAGAGCCAGGAGGAGCCCGCAGAUAACCAGCUGAGGAGUCAUGCAGUCUUUUAGAGAGAGGUGUGGUUUCCAUGGCAAACAACAGAACUACCCACAAACCUCACAGGAGCCAUCGCGCCUGGAGAACUACAGGCAGCCGGGUCAGGCUGGGCUGAGCUGCGAUCGGCAGCGGCUGCUGGCCAAGGACUAUUACAACCCCCAGCCCUACACAGGCUACGAGGGUGGCACGGGCACGCCCUCCAGCACAGCGGCCACCACGGCUGACAAGUACCAUCGCGGCAGCAAGGCCCUGCCAGGGAGGCCGGCUUUCCCUGGCUACAGUGGUGUCCAGGACAGCAGCCCCUACCCAGGGCGCUACUCUGGUGAGGAGGGCCUUCAGACCUGGGGGGCCCCUCAGCCACCACCUCCUCAGCCGCAGCCCCUGCCAGGGGCGGUGGGCAAGUACGAGGAGAACUUGAUGAAGAAGACGGCAGUGCCCCCAGGCAGACAGUAUCCAGAGCAGAAUGCCCAGCUUCCCUUCCGGACUCACAGCCUGCACGUCCCACCACCACAGCUGCCGCAGCCCCAGCAGCCCCUGGCCUACCCCAAACUGCAAAGGCAGAAACCACAGAACGACCUCACCUCCCCUCUGCCCUUCCCCCAAGGCAGCCACUUCCCCCAGCCUUCACAGUCCUUCCCCACCUCCUCCACCUAUUCCCCAGCCGUCCAGGGAGGCGGGCAGGGGGCCCAUUCAUACAAGAGUUGCACAGCGCCAUCUGCCCAGCCCCAUGACAGGCCACUGACUGCCAAUGCCAGCCUAGCCCCAGGGCAGCGGGUCCAGAACCUUCACGCCUACCAGUCGGGCCGUCUUGGCUAUGACCAGCAGCAGCAGCAGCAGCAGCAACAGCAAGUGCUUCAGGGCCGACAUCACACCCAAGAAAGCCUCCAUUACCAGAACCUCGCCAAGUACCAACAUUAUGGGCAGCAAGGCCAGGGCUACUGCCCUCAGGACGCAGCUGUCAGGACUCCAGAGCAGUACUACCAGACCUUCAGCCCCAGCUCCAGCCACUCCCCUGCACGCUCCGUGGGCCGCUCGCCUUCCUACAGCUCUACCCCGUCACCACUGAUGCCCAACCUGGAGAACUUCCCUUACAACCAGCAGCCGCUCAGCACCGGGGCCUUCCCUGCAGGCCUCACUGACCACAGUCACUUCAUGCCCCUGCUCAACCCCUCCCCGACAGAUGCCGCCAGCUCCGUGGACACACAGGCCAGCAACUGCAAGCCUCUGCAGAAGGACAAGCUCCCUGACAACUUACUGUCGGACCUCAGCCUGCAAAGUCUCACAGCACUCACUUCACAGGUGGAGAACAUCUCUAACACGGUGCAGCAGCUCCUGUUGUCCAAGGCUGCCGUGCCACAGAAGAAAGGGGUCAAGAGCCUUGUGUCCAGGACCCCAGAGCAACACAAGAGCCAGCACUGCAGCCCUGAGGGUAGUGGCUACUCAGCAGAGCCGGCAGGCACACCUCUGUCAGAGCCCCCAAGCAGCACACCGCAGUCCACCCAUGCCGAGCCGCAGGAGGCUGACUACCUGAGCGGCUCCGAGGACCCACUGGAGCGCAGCUUCCUCUACUGCAGCCAGGCCCGCAGCAGCCCUGCCAGAGUCAACAGCAACUCCAAGGCCAAGCCAGAGUCUGUGUCCACCUGUUCCGUGACCUCGCCUGACGACAUGUCCACCAAGUCCGAUGACUCCUUCCAGAGCCUGCACGGCACCCUGCCUCUGGACAGCUUCUCCAAGUUUGUAGCAGGCGAGCGGGAUUGUCCACGGCUGCUGCUCAGUGCACUGGCGCAGGAAGACCUGGCCUCCGAGAUCCUGGGCCUGCAAGAAGCCAUUGUUGAGAAGGUCGAUAAAACCUGGGCCGAGACUCCUGGCUUGUCCAAGGAUGCCGGCAAGCCACCCUUCUCACUGGAGAACCACAGUGCCUGCCUGGACACUGUAGCCAAGACUUCAUGGCCACGGCCUGGGGAACCAGAAGCCCUGCCUGAAUCCUUGCAGCUGGACAAGAGUGGUAGUGCCAAGGACUUCAGCCCAGGACUGUUUGAAGAUCCUUCCAUGGCCUUUGCUACCCCUGACCCCAAGAAGACAACUGGUCCCCUGUCCUUUGUCACCAAGCCUACACUCGGGGCUGCUGCUCCAGACCCUACCACGGCAGCGUUCGAUUGCUUCCCAGACACAACCACGGCCAGUUCGGUCGACGGUGCCAAUCCCUUUGCCUGGCCAGAGGAGAACCUGGGGGACGCUUGUCCCCGAUGGGGCCUGCACCCUGGUGAGCUCACCAAGGGCCUGGAGCAGGGUGGAAAGGCAGUAGACAGUAUGGGCAAAUCAGAUGCCAGUGAGGCCCCAGCCUGCCUGGGCUUCCAAGAGGAGCACCCCCCUGGGGAGCCAGCAGCACUUCCUGGGGACUUCAAGCAGGAAGAGGCAGGAGGAGUGAAGGAGGAGGUAGGUGGGCUUCUGCAGUGCCCCGAGGUGGGCAAGGCUGACCGGUGGCUGGAGGACAGCCGGCACUGCUGCUCCACUGCUGACUUUGGGGACCUGCCAUUGCUUCCAGCUCCCAGCAGGAAGGAAGAUCUGGAGGCCGAGGAGGAGUACUCUUCGUUGUGUGAGCUGCUGGGCAGCCCUGGGCAGAGGCCUGGUCUGCAGGACCCACUGUCCCCCAAGGCCCCUCUCAUCUGCACCAAGGAGGAGGCAGAGGAGGCACUAGACGUCAAGGCCGGCUGGGGUUCCGCAUGCCACCUUUCUGGGGAGCCCGCCAUCCUGCUGGGCCCCACCGUGGGGGCCGAGUCAAAGGUCCAGAGCUGGUUUGAAUCCUCCCUGUCUCACAUGAAGCCAGGGGAAGACGGACCCGAGGGGGAGCAGCCUUCGGGAGGUUCCACCACCUCGGAUGCCUCCCUGGCCCAGAAGCCAAACAAGCCUGCUGUGCCCGAGGUGCCCAUCGCUAAGAAAGAGCCUGUGCCAAGGGGCAAAAGUUUACGGAGCCGGCGGGUGCACCGGGGCCUGCCUGAGGCUGAAGAUUCCCCGUGCAGAGCACCAGCCCUACCCAAAGACCUCUUGCUGCCUGAGUCCUGCACGGCCCCCCCACAGGGACAGGCAGAAGGGGCCGGCGCCCCAGGCCGGGGACCCUCAGAAGGGCUCCCCAGAAUGUGUACCCGCUCUCUCACGGCCCUGAGUGAGCCCCGCACUCCUGGCCCCCCAGGUCUGACCACCACCCCUGCCCCCCCUGACAAGCUCGGAGGCAAGCAGCGAGCAGCCUUCAAGUCUGGCAAGCGGGUGGGGAAACCGUCACCUAAGGCCGCCUCUAGCCCCAGCAACCCUGCUGCCCUGCCUGUGGCCUCGGACAGCAGCCCCAUGGGCUCUAAGACCAAGGAGCCCGACUCACCCAGCAUGCCCAGCAAGGACCAGCGAUCCAUGGUCCUCCGGUCCCGCACUAAACCCCAGCAAGUCUUCCACAUCAAGCGGCGGCGGCCCUCAGAGAGGAUCCUGGACUGCCACACCCCUAAGAAGCUUUCUGCCAACAACCACUUGCCGGCCACAUUCAAGGUCACCACUAGCGGGCCCCAGAAAGAAGGCCGGGUGAGCCAGCGGGCCAGAGUGCCCAAACCUGGCUCAGGGAGCAAGCUUUCAGACCGACCCCUCCAUACACUCAAAAGGAAGUCAGCCUUCAUGGCCCCUGUCCCUUCCAAGAAGCGGAGCCUGGUCCUGCGGAGCAGCAGCACAAGUGGGAUGGACGGGAGGGAAGAGAGGGCUGAGGGCUCCCCCAGCCUCUUAAGAAGGAUGGCUUCACCCCAGAGGGCCAGGCCUAGGGGCAGUGGGGAACCCCCGCCCCCCCAGCCCCCAGAGCCACCUGCUUCCUGCAUGGGCCUGGCCACAAGGUCACCCCUCCCCAGUGCUGUGAGGACCAAGGUGUUGCCACCCCGAAAAGGCCGUGGCCUCAAGCUGGAGGCCAUAGUGCAGAAGAUCACUUCGCCGGGCCUCAAGAAGCUUGCGUGCAGAGUGCCAGGGGCCCCUCCCGGGACACCCCGGAGCCCAGCCCUUCCCGAGAAGCGCGCAGGGGGUAGUCCGGCUGGGGCGGAAGAGGGCCUGGGAGGUGGGGGCCCGGGACAGGUGCUCCCAGCAGUUUUGGGAGCCGACCCUUUGUGCAGAAACCCAGCCAGCAGGUCCUUAAAAGGCAAACUCAUGAACAGUAAGAAACUGUCCUGUGCUGCUGACUGUCUCAAAGCUGAGGCCUUCAUGUCCCCGGAGGCCCCGCCGCCCCCAGGGACCGCCCCGGCACCGAAGAAAAGGAGUCGGAAAGGCAGGGCAGGGGCCCUGGGACUCCCCAAAGGCCCGCCGGAGAAGCAGCCCUGUCUUGGGCCCGCCCUGCUCCUUGCUUCCCGGGACAGGGCCAGCAGCGUGCAGGGGGCUGAUGAGGACAGCUCUGGGGUAGGAGGCAAGAAGCCAAAGACAGAGGAGCUGGGCCUGGCCUCUCUGCCCCCGGAAGGCCAGUCCUGCCAGCCUCAGACCAGGGCGCAGAAGCACCCGGGCCAUGCCAACUACAGCAGCUACUCGAAGCGGAAGCGCCUCAACCGGGGCCGGACCAAGAGCGCGCACGCCUCGGCCGGUAAGGGGCGGGCGGCGGCGCGCCGGAGGCAGCAGCAAGCGCUGCCCCCGGAUCCCGAGGAGCCCGAAAUCCGCCUCAAGUACAUUUCUUCUUGCAAGCGGCUGAGGGCCGACAGCCGGCCCCCGGCCUUUUCACCCUUCGUGAGGGUGGAGAAGCGAGAUGCAUUCACUACCAUAUGCACUGUGGUCAACUCCCCUGGGGACGAGCCCAAGCCCCACCGGAAGCCCGCCUUCUCCACGGCCUCCUCCGCCUCCUCCGCCACCUCCUCUUCCUCCUCGUUCUCCUUGGACCCCGCCGGGGCCUCCCUGACCACACUUCCCGGAGGAGGCUCCGCGAUACAGGCGCGGCCCUCCUUGCCCCUUUCCUCCACCAUGCACCUGGGGCCUGUGGUGUCCAAGGCCCUCAGUACCUCUUGCCUUGUCUGCUGCCUCUGCCAAAACCCAGCCAACUUCAAGGACCUCGGGGACCUGUGUGGACCCUACUACCCCGAACACUGCCUCCCUAAAAAGAAGCCAAAACUCAAGGAGAAGGUGCGGCUGGAGGGCACCUUUGAGGAGGCCCCGCUGCCCCCUGAGAGAACACUCAAAGGUUUUGAGUGUGCAGCCACCACUGCCACCUCGUCCUCGACCACGACCACGGGAAAGCUACCCAGGCCCGAUGGCCCGGCUGAUCCCACCAAGCAGAGUUCCCUGCGCACCAGUGCCCGGGGCCUAUCCCGGCGGCUGCAGAGUUGCUACUGCUGUGAUGGUCAAGGGGAUGGGGGUGAGGAGGUGGUCCCAGCCGACAAGAGCCGCAAGCAUGAAUGCAGCAAAGAGGCCCCCUCAGAGCCUGGUGGGGACACCCAGGAACACUGGGUGCAUGAGGCCUGCGCCGUAUGGACUGGCGGGGUGUACCUGGUGGCUGGGAAACUCUUUGGGCUGCAGGAGGCCAUGAAGGUGGCCGUGGACAUGCUGUGUUCCAGCUGCCAUGAAGCCGGGGCAACCAUCGCAUGCUCCUACAAAGGAUGUGUCCAUACCUACCACUACCCUUGUGCCAGCGAUGCGGGUUGUAUAUUCAUUGAGGAGAAUUUUUCGUUGAAGUGUCCCAAACACAAGAGGCUGCCGUCGUAAGCCCGCCGCGGCCCCGAGUAGCUGCCGAGCCCGCCCGCUGCCGCCGAGGAAGAGGAGCCGCCUGCGCAGUCGCAGUCGGCGUUUAGCGCUGCGCCCAGCACGCCUCCAGAGCCGGUCCUUGAUCCGAUUUCCGGGUCAUAGGUCCGGCCCGUUUGCAAAGAAAACCUGUUCGGAGCCGCCCCGCUCCGGGGCCCCCAGGGCAGCCUUGGGGCGUCCUUGCUACACACCUUAGGGCCAGGCUUGGAGAGGGCAGGCCGCCGCAGAGUGGGCUUGCAUCCUCGGGUGGGAUGGGAAAUGGCUUCGCCCGGGGACAUGUGACAUCACAUAUUCCUCGUGGGUGCAGCCGCCCCCACAGCGUGCAGCUCGGCGCCCGAGGUCGGCGGUGGGAGUCCAGCCUUGGAAGAGGCGCCCAGGGCGGCUACUAGCUCUGUUGACAUGAGGCAAAUCGAAGCCUUUCUGGAGGGCUAGGCCGGCUCAUGAAUGCAACCAAGCACCCUUGUCACCCAGCCUUUACCCAAGCUUUUGUGGGGCUUGGGCAAAGCCGCGGUCGUUGUGGAUCUUUGUUCUGUCCCCUUGUCCAGUUUUCCACCCCCUACCCCCUGGAGCCUGGGAGCUCAAGGAGACGGCAGUGACCAGAGCACUCCUCCAGUGGACACAAGGUCCUCCGCGCUAGCUUGGCACGGGAGCAGGGACAGCACUCGGUUCAUGUACAAAACCUGUGUACCCCUCUAUAUAUAUGUUACAUAGAAUGUAUAUAUGUUGGGAACAUGCUCGCUUCUGUGUCGCCACCAUGCAUCGUGUGCCCCGCAGCACAGAGCCCCAACCUGGCCUUCGCUGGGGCAGGGGUCACCGCGAUGCUCCUUCCUCUUGCAGCCACCACUGCCCAGGCCAGUCCCCGCCCUUCCGUCCCUGUCCUCAAGCUCUGUCCACACUUCAAUAGGCCUGAUGCAGGACCCUCCCCCGACCCCCACCGCAGCCCUCGCAACUUCUUGUAUAUACGACUGUACAAUGGUAAACGUGUGUAUUAUAUCCGGCCUCGUUAUAUAGUGUAUAUAUAUGUAUACAUAUACAUAUAUAUAAUAUAUAUGAAGACUGUAAAUGUUAAGACAACUAGUGUUCUUAUUAGUAUAUUGCUUCACACUGAAGAUUGUGUGUAUUGAGCUGUUUCUAAAAGAUGUUUAUUUUCCUUAAGAGUUAAAAAAAAAAAACCAGUCAUUGCAUUCAGAAAAAAAAAAAAGUCAAUAAAGAUACGACGAUUGUU